ACCUCGGCGUGCAAGGGGGCAGAGUCUGAGCAGUGGGCUGAGUGAGGAACGGAUCACAUUUUCUUCUUUCAAGCAAGUAGUGUGUGUGUGUGAGUCGCUGUUAGCAUGCAAGCGCCGAUGGAGUCCCACUGAAAAGAGUCCCUUUGCCAUUCAAGGUUAUCUCCGAACAAUGACUUCCCCGAGACAACCGGCCAGUAGUCACGAGCUGAAGGAGUUUGACAGCGUAAAGGAGUCAAUCACGGAUAUCAUUAACCAACUGCAGGACAUUGAUCCCAGCCGCCUCUCCUUCUCUCCGUUCUUGGACCUGGACACCCAGAUCACGCUGGCACCCAUCUCCGACAGCCCAGAGUCAUCCGUGGAAGAGCUGCACUCGUUAUCUGAUGAAAACAUCGACCACCUAACGGACCCAGCUCCAAAGGGCAAGAGGCUUCAGUUCAAUGAGGCCCACCAGAAGCUCGCGAAGCAGCAGAGUGCACCGAGCGAUGGCCGCUUGAGUCUGAUCAAGGCGGAGCUGGUGAGGAAUCACAGCUUCCCCUACACUGAAGCGAAACGCAAGCGAGUGGACAAUGUGUCGGUGGACAUCACCAGGGAGACGUCGGGCUUGCCCGGUGAGAAAGCGUCACUGCCGAGCCAAGCCCCGACCGUUCCCCAGCAGAAGGUCAACGCCAAGGUCGGGGCAGAGAACGCUGACGUCCCGGAGAAGAGCCACAACUUCACCAGCCAGGCUUCGGAGGACCAGCCGCUGCUCGGCUCGUCGGCCGACGGCGAGACCAUCGAUCUGAUUUCCAGCGACACCGAGCGCAACCCCUGUGGGGAGUCUUCGCAGAAGGGGCCGGGGGCCGGGGGAGACGGUGGCCGGAGAUGCUGCUCCUGUUGCCACUGCUGCUCUGCACCGCAAGUUAAAGCCAUCUCGUCCGUCUUUGUGGCUCUGCUCUUUACACCGUGUAUCCUCUACGGCCUCUACGUGUUUGUGCCCUUUGAACCCCCGCCCUGUCCGGACCUCACCAGCAGAAUGACCUAUACCCUGCGAUGCAACAUCAUUGCCAUCACUCCAGUCUUACUCGGUGUUGUGGUCGGGUCCCUGUCCCGGCUAUGCUCCACUGCAAUCGAUCCCUUGGACACUAACGUUCGUGCUGUUCUUAUUCAUCAGAGAUACGUUGGCAACUCCAUUGAACAGUUUAUAAUCUACUUUAUGAACAUGGCUGUGAUGGCGACCUAUCUACAUCAGGAGCACCUGAAGAUUAUUCCCAUCUUAUCAGGGCUCUUUGCAGUGGCAAGGCUGCUGUACUGGAUCACGGCUGCAUUGAGCAGCGCCUACCGUGGAUUUGGAUUUGGGCUGACGUUUUUCCCAACCUUGGCGAUGCUAGCCUACAAUUGCUACUGCAUGUAUGAGCUAGGAUUAGACCACUACUUCAUCCCAGCUGAGAAUGGAGGACCCACGCGAGCUCCCGCACCAAGACUGAGGUGGUGGGGCCUUGGGGGUUGAAUGAUCCAAUGCGAACAAUCUACACAAGGUCCUGGUGCAUUAGAUGAUCACAUUGUGUGAAUAUGGCCAUACCGAGAACAUUGAAGAAAGGCAACACUAUUCGCUUUUGUCAUCGGAGCACUGGACUCAAAUAGGUUGCUGUCUCGUGACUAUCUUAACAAGAAAACUUACCUGGAAUUUGGACUCUCUAUAUGUGCUUUUAGCUGAGAAUAACAAACAAUUGAUCCGUGUGUGUACAUGUUUUGUGCAUCUAGACAUAACACUAAUAUCCUCUUCUGUAUAAUGCAGUUCAAGUUUGUACAGAUGUCCUGAACAUCCUACACCAACCAUAGUUGGAGCCCACUUCAAUAUGUCAGGAAAUCUAUGACUAUCAAUGCAGCUGGUAGAGCUGCUGUCUCACAGCGGGUUCGAUCCUGACGACGGGUGCUGUCUGUACGGAGUUUGUACGUUCUCCCUGUGACCACGUGGGCUUCCUCCAGGUGCUCCGGUUUCGUCCCAUAUCCAAGAGGCGUGCGUUUUUUUGUAGAUUAAUUAGUCUCUGUAAAUUGCCUCUUAACGUGUAGAGAGUGGAUGGGAGUGUCGGUAACGUGGAGCUAACGUGUGUACAGGUGAAUCGGUGGUCGGCGCGACUUUGCGGGCCAAAGGGCCUGUAUCCAGGCUGAGCACCUCUGAAAAAAGCACCAUCAAAAAAGAAAAGGACUGUGUUCAUUUUUACUGCUCAGAUCAUAUUACUGCUCUUGCCAUCUGCGGUGAAUUCCACAAACCUAAAAAAAAAAAUACAAAAUUGCCAUCAACCCAGUGUUAUGAUGUCCUUCUCCAAGAGACAUUUGCAAACUCCGUAGUCUUUCCCUGAAUUGCUACCGUCUUGCGUGGAGAAACUCCACAAAAAUGUGCGUGGAUGGAUUUGUGAAGUGCCGGUCUCAGGUGCUGAGACUGCACGGAAAACAUCCUAGAAUUCCAUGAAGCCUAACAUGGUUCAGCUCAGGGAUAUUGCAAUAAAAGAGGAGGUUGUGGAAUUAGACACAAGUUACCAACAAAUAUUUCCAGUAUUUAUCACAAAUAUAUACUCAGGAAGCCCUUGACUGGACGCUGAUAACUCAGGGCUCAAAAUGCUGUAAAAUGCAGUGCGUUGAGUGGACCAGCGUCUAACUGGUAGGUACAUAAUGAUACAAAUAACCCUCAGGUUAGCAUGUUAUAAAGAACCGGCAUUGUCUGGAAUCUAUACAGAUUUUAUGGCAAGAUUCAUGACUUCUUCCAACUAAUGACACCGCAACCCAAUAUUAUUAAUAUUUUCCAUCAGCAAUAAAAUAUUCCCCAUUGCACUUGAAUUAGGAAAGAUUUAUAUUCUAAUGAAUAUUGGAGCAGGCAGUGUGAAAUAGAGCGAAGAAUGAGGUGCAUAGAUAGGGUAGAAAGUCAGCACCUUUUUUCCGCAGGGUGGAAAUGUUCGACACUAUAGGCCAUAGUUAUGAAUAAGGUGAGAGGGGGUGAGUUUAAUGGAGAUGUGCAGGGCAGGUUUUCUUACACAGGGGGCCUGGAACGUAUUGCCAUAGGUGGGAGUGGUGGCAGAUAGGAUAGUGGUGUUUAAGAGGUUUUUGGAUAGGCACAUGGAAGUGCAUGGAAUAGAGGGAUAUGGAUCAUGUACAAGCAGAUGAGAUCAGUUUGACUUGGCAUCAUGUUCGGCACAAACGUUGUGGGCCGAAGGGCCUGUUCCUGUGCUGUACUGUUGUUCUACGUACAGAUGAUGGAUGAUCACAAUCAUGCCCUAUGGACUGAUAUGUUGGAAAAAACUGCUGAUGGUGGUUUAUACCGAAGCAGACACCAAGUGCUGGAGCAACUCAGUUGGUCAAGCAGCAUCUCUGGAGAAAGUGAAUAGGUGGUGUUUCAGGUCUGAACCCUUCUUCAGACUGAAAGUAGAAGGGAUGGUGGAGGAGGAACUGGAACUAUUGAAAAGGCCAGUUUUGGUCCGGCCCUGUUUUGUUCUGGCCUUUUCCUACCUCCAGUCCGUCUGUCCCCCCGUCCGUCAGUCUGUACUGUCUGAAGAAGGGUUCCAACCCGAAACGUCACCUAUUCCUUUUCUCCAGAGAUGCUGCCUGACCCGCUGAGUUACUCCAGCACUUUGUGUCUGUCCUGUGGACUGAUGCCAUUAUUAAUUAUUAGCCAGAUUACUCCUAUUAAUUGUUAAUCUCACAGGGUUAACACUCUGAGCCUGAUCAGCACAAAAGCACAUAAUAAAAACUAAAUUUCAUACAUUUGAAGGACACUGGUCAUUUCUGAAGUUUCCAGCCUUUUGCCAAGGGGGGCUUUAACUGAUGGAUAUCUUAAAAGUAUUCUAAGUAUCUAUUCAGGGGGUAUAUUUAUGUCUCUAUGCUGAAUGAAUGGACAAAUAUAACUUAAACCAGGCACACAGACACAUAGCAUGACCCUUAUUGCUUAGAAUAAAACUAAUAAUUCACGUUGGAAUUCAGAAAGAGAGCUGGUUCAUCAACACACCUACCUCUAAGCACUGUGGUGUGUUACCCAUUUGUCAGAUACGUUCCAUAUAUAUAACUCUCGGAGCACUUGUAAUUCCAGGCAAAGUCAAGCAGAGCUAUCCUUCUCAGUGUCAGUUUAGUUUAUUGUCACGUGUACUGAGGUACAGUGAAAAGCGUGUUAUCCAGUCAGCAGAAAGACAAUACAUGAUCACAACCGAGCCAUUUAUAGAUACUGUCAGAUCCUCCAAAUGUAUUUGUUUUUCCAUCAUU